AUUUGUGAUGGGGGCUGGUCCAUAAAACAACUUUAAUCGAACAAAUCACUUCUAAAAUUUGGAUAGAAUAGGUGGAAUUAUCAUGUUUACAUCAAAUAGCCAUACUUGCAGAUAGUCUAAGUUCAUUUUAUGAUAAAUUUGACUGAAUUCCGAAAUGGACGGUGAAGACAUAGACGACAAGGAGCGGGCCAUAGAGCAUACUCCCCAUCAGGAAGUUCACAUUGUACAGCCUCUAAAAAGUGAAGGUGCUGAGCAGGGGAUAUUAUCUGAAACUCUUGAUUUAUCAAACCCAUCAUCCUAUCAGCAUGUAUCUGAACAGACAGAUCACAUUUAUAACACAUCAGCGUCAUUUGCAGUCAAAGAUGGGUCUAUUUUGCAAGAUAGUUUACAUGGAUAUCACAAACCAAGUGAAACUCUACCAACAGUUCAGAAAACUGGUGAAACUUCAAAAGCCCAAGAUUUUGCUAAGAAAGGACAACAAACCUCAGAAGUCAACCCAGAAGAAAGUUUUCAAAGUAGUAAUGUUCAACCUGAAGAGGCAAGUGUUAGGGAAGAUAUGCACUCACAUAUCAACAAUGUGACACCUCAAAAUGUACCACCUAACUCUGAUGUGGAGACAAAAUUAAAGGCCAAUCCUCGGAUUGUAAUUCCAACAAUAGUUCAACAUGAAAACCAUGGAAAGUCCCUCCUUGAGAAAUUCAAAACACAGAAGGAAUUGAGUCGAUUUUGCGAUGUUGUGUUGGUAUUACAGAAUAGAAAGUAUCCCGCCCAUAGUUGUGUUUUAGCAGCUUGCAGCUCUUACUUUGAUGCUAUUUUAAAACAAACACCAUCAAUGAUUGCUAUUGAACAGAUCAGUAUUGACUGCGAAGACCAUGUUGCAUUUGAGGCGCUUUUGGAUUACAUCUAUUCUGGCCAAGUCAUUGUUACAGAGGAUAACAUCUUUGAAUUACAGAGAUUGGCCAAACUUUACAUUUUUAAUGAACUAUCACAAGGUCUCACAGAAUUCAUCAAAAGGAACUUUUCUAAUGCAGGAUACCUAGACAAUGAUAUUGAAAGUUUGGCCCCUGACAUCGAGGAAAAAACUGAUCAUCAAUGCAUGAAAGAAGUUCAAGUUUCCAAAGAAAAACAAGGAAUGGUAAAGAUCAAGAUCAAAGAUGAAAAUCAAGGUGAUUCCUCAAUGUCUGAUGGUAAAGAGAUUGUUAAGGAACCUCCUAUGAAGAAGAAAAGGGGAAGAAAAAAGCAGAACAAAAAACAAAUUGAAAAAUUAGUGCUCAAGAUUGAUAAAGACACCACAUAUUAUGACAAGAAAGAUAAUACUCAAAAUGAUGAGAAAGAUGAUAGCCCAAAUGAUAUUAAAUCUGAGUUCACUGAAGUGGAGGAUGAUAAUAAUGGUGAUGAUGCAAAUGACUUGGACUAUGAUAUUAAUGAAGACGUACAAGCAUCCUCCACUAAACGUACUAGGAAAGGCAGACCAAAGAAAAUUGCCACAGAAAGUAAAAUAGGAAAAGCAAAGCCUGCGAAGAUGGCUUAUAAGUUAAAAAGAAAACGGCAAGUGAAAACCAGAAUUGUUAAAAAAGCCAGAGCGAUUAUAUCAGAUGACUCUGCAACUGAAAUUGAUGAGGAAUAUGUAAAUGAAGAUAAUGAUGACACAGUGGAAGCUGCUGAAGAAAAAAAGGCUAAAAAACUAAAGAAGCGUGAAAAAAGUAAUCGUAAAGCGCAUCGUUCUCGAGAGGCUGGUCAAUUGGUAUCAUGCACAGAAUGUGAAUAUAAAACCCGUCGUAAAGAUCACAUGAAAAGGCAUGUUCAGACACGUCAUAGCGAAGACUCUAAAAAUAAAAAUAGAAGUAUAACAUGUACUUGUAAAGUUUGUGCAAACACUUUUAGUAAUCGACUUGAUCUAAAUGAACACUACAAGCUCCAUUUCACUGGUCCACCAUUUAUAUGUGAUAUUGAAGACUGCGAUUACACGACUGACAAAAUCAGCAUGCUAUUGAAUCACAGGGUCAGACAUACAGGGGUGAAACCGUGUGUGUGUCCUCUAUGUCAAGCUUCUUUUUGGACACCCAGUAACUUAACUACACAUAUGAAAAGGCAUUCAGGGGACAAGAGUCAUGCAUGUGACCAGUGCGGGGAUAGGUUUUAUACCAGACAAGAGCUACAGGCCCACUGUCAGAAGCACAGCCAGGUGAGCUUGUGGCUGUGUGAUUCCUGUGGAUUUUCGACCAAGCAUCAGACAACUAUGAUGAGACAUAAGCGCAUACAUACAGGUGACGUUUUCCGCUGUGCCUUCCCAGAAUGCACUUACUCUACACCAAAGCGUUCACUCCUUGAUCGUCACACAAGAUUUCAUCUUGGAAUUCGCUCGUUUGUCUGCACAACAUGUGGAAUGGGCUUUGUUGAUAAAAGCAAUCUGAUUCGACAUGAGAAAACCCAUCUCCCUGAUAAACCAAUCAAAUGUGAGCAAUGUGAAUUUGCCUGCAGUCGCAAGGAUAAACUAACAGAACAUAUGAGGAAACAUCAUAGUGAGCUAGCUACUGUGUCGCAACCAAGGAAGCGUCAGCGGCAACCUUUCUUACACUAUUCUUCAAACCCAGUGAAUUAUAAUGAAAAUGAGAUUAAGAGCAAGCGAGCAUAUAAUCAUGUUAGUCAGGUAUUAAAACCUGAUGAGGAAUCCUCUGUACCUAAAGUUAUAACAGAGUAUCUUGUAAAUAAACCUAGAAUUGCUAAUGAUAAUGAGGACCAUAAAGCUGAAUCACAAGUGGUUGAGCAUGAUAGUUUAAAUCAACUGAAGGUGGAGUCUGCAUACAUGGAAAUGCCUCAUCGUGAUGUGUUGGAGAGUGGAGAUAUUGGGGUUACUAUGGAGACCUCUCAAGUGAUAGGGCCUCCAACGAUGCUUGUCCCUCAUCACCCAAGCACCUCCCUCCCCCAGCAGUAUAUACCUACAGUCAGCACCCUUCAACCUACCCACAUGCCCAUUAAUUCCCCCUCCCCCCAGACAGGCCCACCCCAAGGGGUACAAGUGCAGGUACCUGCUCCCCAAGUGCAACAAGGCCAACAAGCUAUACCUCCUGAGUUGGCAGCUCACUAUCAGUCAUACUCACAAAUGUUGCUUAAUGCAGGCUAUAUGUAGACCCAAAGGGAUGCAAUGCAAUGUUCAAACUACUUUGAACACUAGAUUAAUGCCUAAAUCCACACGGUCUGUCAAACCUCAAAAUACAUGCGUAUGGUUUAUUUUAGUAAAAUUUUCACUGUAAAUCAGUUAUUCUGGUACCAAAUAUGUACAUAUAAUUCAUAUUUUGUCCUAUUUUUAUUUCUAUAAUUUCUAUGAUAGUGCUCAAGAGCUAUUUCUCAAAUUUUACCUUUGAAGAAGUUCAAAUCCAUUGUCCUAGUAGGGCUCAAGACUACGGUAAAACAUGAUUGCCCCAAUUACAUAUAAACAUAUUGAUAUUCAGUCCAUUGUUCAAAAGACAACCAGUUUUCUGAGCCCAAUGCUAAGAGCGAAAAAACUGGUUGUCAUUGGCAAUCAGGCAGCAAAGUUUUUAACAUUGCUAUGGAAUCAUCUUUCGGAAUGAUCUGAGAAAUGCACCUAGGUUAACAGUUGGCAAUAUUAUCUCAUACAUCUAUUAAAUAAAACUUCUUAUGAGGAGUUGUUUAAAGGAAUGGAGGAUAUUUUAUAACAUCAGAGUCUAUUAUGUUAAUAUUGUAGUGUCCCUUAAUACAGGCACCACAAUAUAUAAUACAAGUGUAUGGACUGGAAAUGUUUAAUAAUGCUAGUAUACAGGUUUUAGUGUUCUUAUAAACAUUUAUCCCAUACCUGAAUGGGUUUUUUGAAGAUAUGCCAGAGAAUAUAUGGCAUAUCUGAGACCUGGGUUGGAUAUAUUCCAUUUAUACCAUGGAUACUAAAUAUAUAUGGGGAUAACAGCCUGACACAAGAUACUUUUGGUAUGUGCUAGUAAAAUUGUAUCUGACUAACUGAUGUUACAUCCACUAGUAUCUGAUGGAUACCAUCAUUAUAUCACCCUUUGGAGGCUCUAUUGUAAUUUUUUAUUAGUUUUAAAUGUUGCACCUAAAAUGGUUUGAUAUAACAGCCUUACUUGAUUGAUCAUUAUAAAGUUCUGACCCAUUAUGUGCUUAUUAAAAUGAUUUUAAUGUAUAUAUGCAACAACUUGACACAAGACUUGUUCAAUUUGAGUCAAUCUUUGAGUUUUGGAAUAUUUAAAUUGUUGAUCUUUUUUAGAACCCUUGAGUUAUAUAUUGAAAUCCAUGGGAUAAAUAUGAUAUCCUAAUCCUAUGACUUUCUCAGGUUAUCAUGUCCAUCUCGCUGUGCUCACUAGUAGAGGUGGACCAUAUCAACCCAUUGAUAAAAAUGAUAUCCCUCAAAAACCAUUAGGAUAUCCUGUAUACAUGUAUCAUAGACUUUAAAAUGUCAAACCUGAUCCAGGGA